AUGUUCAAUGUAAAUUUUUUAGAGAAUUUAAUUUCGCGAGAAUCUUUGGUCGAACCAACAGUCAACCAUCCACCUACAAAAACAAAAGUGUCAAGAGUUGUACCAACAAAGAAAAAUCUAAAAAUCACGUCCACAGUCUCGACGAAAAAAAAUCUAAAACUCACGUCCACAGUCUCGACGAAAAAAAAUCUAAAACUCACGUCCACAGUCUCGACGAAAAAAAAUCCAAAACUCACUUCCACAGUCUCGACGAAAAAAAAUCUAAAACUCACGUCCACAGUCUCGACGAAAAAAAAUCUAAAAAUCACGUCCACAGUCUCGACGAAAAAAAAUCUAAAAAUCACGUCCACAGUCUCGACGACGAAAAAAAAUCUAAAAAUCACGUCCACAGUCUCGACGAAAAAAAUGGCUCAAAUAACAGGUUCCAUACCCAUUAUAACCUUACCAACCACAGGGACUAUUGGUAGCGUAGGUAUAUCUAAAAGUAAAACCUCGCCGAAUAGAAGUGCAAAAAGCUCUACAGAAACCACCAAACGUUCCGAUAGCAUCCCUACAAGCACCAGCACUAACGGUGCCAUCCCAGCCAUUGAAGAUAAUAAAGGCGUUACGAAUGUCAACGGUAACACAGGAGAUAAAAACGCGAUCACAAGUACCAGCGGUAGUCAAAGUAAUACUUUUUUUACUGCCACCACCAUGAUUAGUGCAACCACGAUUAGUGCCACUACGAACAGUGCCACUACGCUUAGUGCCACUAUGCUUAGUGCCGCCACGACUGAUACCGUCGCAACCGCCUCCACCCCAACUACGAUAUCAACACCAGACAACAGUAAAGAUUCAAGUAAACACUUGCCACCGUGGGUCCUUGCCAUCACACUUGCAAUAUUAUCUUUGACCAUUACUGGAUUGGCGAUAUGCAUUCGCAGGAAAUUUUUAAAGUAUAAUAGACGUAAACCUUUACUUGGCGAGAAUGGCCAAGGUUCCAUGCGAGAAAUCAGAACGAAUGGGAGCAACGGUAGUGAAAUGAUGGAGGACGGAUUUAAUGAAAAUCGAAGUUUGACUAAUGGUACCACCGAAUUUUUGGCUGCUGGUGGUUAUGAACAAGGUAUGCCGUCACACGAUACUACACACGCUCUUGUUGAUCUCACCACCGAAGAUGAUGAUCCAUUUGCCGACGCAUUUGCCGAAGAUACUUCAUUUAAAAAUGCAUCAUCACAUCAGCAUUCAAAUGUCAUGGAAAGAGCCAAAACGAGUGAACUUCCUAAAAUCAAAACCACGGAUUUUUCGGGAAUGUCAGUAAAUGGCAAUGAAUCUCCCAAUGAUCCUUUUAACAUUUAUAGUGAUCCCUUUCAGAAUAAAGAAUACUUUCUCGAUGAUGAAGUAGGACCACGACCAAAGUUGAGACCUUCGUUAUCACGCAUUCCAACUGUGAUUACAGCAUUUAGUGAAUUGAACCAUCCAUUUCCGUUGUCGCCUGUUUCAAGGUCGGCGAACGUCGCGGGUGAUGUUGACAAAAACAAUAAGGACCGUAGUAUUAAAGAUGUUAGAAAUGUGUUUGAGAGUGUGUCGAGUAAUGAGUUAUCGCCUGAGAGUGCGAGCUCUGAAAUUUCCUUCAGGUCUACACCGUUGUCUAAUAACGAUAAUUUAUCAGCAACUGAUGAUAAUGCGGACAGUAAAUCAUUAGCGGAAGAAUUAUCAACAGUACUUUCGAUAUCUUCGGCUAUCGAGUCAACGGCAUUGCCCAUAUUUUCUACGUAUGAUAAUACCUUUGAAGAAUCGAGAAGAGGUAUUGUCCCAGAAUUUCGUGAUGACCUCGGUGUUAUGGAAAGAUCACAGUCACCAACGCAUUACAUUAGAAACGCCACACGACAAACUUCUUACCUAGAUCUCCGAGAAGUUGUGGCAGUGAGGAUGGUGGUAAAUUACAUUGAUGCCGUCUAA